CUGCCCAGGGGCUCCAUGGGGUGGCCCUUCUUUGGAGAGACGCUGCACUGGCUGAUCCAGGGCUCCCACUUUCACAGUUCCCGGCGGCAGCGCUACGGCGCCGUGUUCAAGACGCACCUGCUGGGCAAGCCGGUGGUGCGCGUGAGCGGCGCCGAGAACGUGCGCAAGAUCCUGCUGGGCGAGCACAGCCUGGUCAGCGCCCAGUGGCCGCUCAGCACCCAGAUCCUGCUGGGCUCGCACACGCUGCUCAACGCCCGCGCCGACACGCACCGGCAGAGGAGGAAGAUCCUGGCCCGCGUCUUCAGCCGCGCCGCCCUGGAGGUCUACCUGCCCCGAAUCCAGCGCCUGGUGAGCUGGGAACUGCGCGGCUGGUGCCGCCGCCCGGGGCCCAUCGCCGUCUACGCCUCGGCCAAGGCGCUGACUUUCCGCAUCGCUGCGCGGAUCCUGCUGGGGCUCCGGCUGGAGGAGGAGCAGUUCGAGGAGCUUUCCGGGGCCUUCGAGCAAUUGGUGGAGAACCUCUUUUGCCUGCCGCUCAACGUCCCCUUCAGCGGACUGAGGAAGGGAAUAAAGGCUCGUGAUCUUUUACAUACUUACAUGGAGAAAGCCAUCUUGGAGAAACUGCAGAGGAAGGAUCCUGAAGCUCACCAUGAUGCCUUGGAUUUUAUCAUCAACAGCGCCAAGGAAUAUGGCAAAGAUUUCACUAUGCAGGAAUUGAAGGAAUCUGCAAUUGAACUAAUAUUUGCAGCUUUCUUCACCACUGCCAGUGCCACCACUUCUAUGAUCUUACUCUUAUUGAAACACCCGUUGGUCAUAAAAAAGAUCCAGCAGGAACUGGCCUCCAAUGGCUUUGCUGGACAGUGUCAAUGCUUUGCAGCUGAGGAUUUUCUAACAAAAUACCCGGCGGGCCAAAAAACUUUGCCUGCACAUGAGAAGGAAAACCAAGAUGGUGACUCCAGAUUUGGAAGAGAAGAAGGCCAAGAGACCAAGAUGGAAGAGAAAGGACCUAAUAUAAACAUCACGGCUAAAGUGUCCCAGGAGAUUGUCCAUGGAACUACAAAUGGUCCUAGUUCAUUGUCCAGCCUGGAAGACACAGGCCGGUUCUUUAGCAGUCUGGAAAGAUCUGAGUAUUGUUGCCACCCUUACUUGACCCUGGAGAAGUUGAAUCGUCUGCGCUACCUGGAUUGCGUAAUUAAAGAAGUUCUCCGUUUGCUGCCCCCAGUAUCUGGAGGGUAUAGGACAGCCUUACAAACCUUUGAGCUAGAUGGCUACCAGAUUCCGAAGGGUUGGAGUGUGAUGUACAGUAUUCGGGAUACACAUGAGACUGCCGGCAUCUACCAGAGUUCCCCUGAUACUUUUGAUCCAGAGAGGUUUUGGGUAUCGCCGGAAGACCGGGAGAAGCACAAAACUUCUGCUUCCCUCCGGUUUCACUACAUUCCCUUUGGUGGUGGAGUCCGAAAUUGCAUAGGCAAAGAACUGGCCCAGGUGAUUCUCAAGAUGCUUGCCAUUGAAUUGGUCAGCACAGCCAGCUGGGAAUUGGCCACAGCUCAUUUCCCCAAAAUGCAGACUGUGCCAAUUGUGCACCCUGUAGAUGGUCUUCAACUCUAUUUCCAUUCUCUGAAGGCUGGCCAUGAAAGCAGUGGAGCAGGCAAGGGCAACGCCUGAAUGCAUAGACAUCUCCAUUACAUCUCUAGCUUAGGAGUAGACUAGGACAGGCCUCUGAGGGAAAAACACCACUUUCAGCGCAAGCCUUUUCCACCUGCCUCUUGGUUGCGGGGUAAGAGAAAAGGAGGAACUCACUGCACUCUUCCUUAAAAGCCUGUGAAAUUGUUAGCAUC